AUGGCCGAUGUCAGACAAGAUGAAGCCAACCAUUCGGGCAGCAUUAACUCGCCAAUGAGGUCACCAACUCCGCGUGGCAAGCGCAAGAGAUACACAACUGUGGCCUGCGAUGAGUGUAAGAAGCGCAAAGGAAAAUGUGACAGCCAAAUUCCGUGCCAGCGCUGCCGAGACAGGGCUGUUAAAUGCACUUACAGCUCGAGAUUAGCCAUCGCGUCGUUGCAAAACGACAGAGACUUCGAAUCGUUGAACGAAAAAAUCGAGAAAAUGCAAGCCCAGAUUGAUCGACACAUUGCAAACGGGCUCCUGACCAGUUCAGUAACCAAAGUGCCAGGCACCAGUUCAACACCAACUCCUAUUACACCCUCGCCGAAUGUAACUGACUACGAUUCAACCCACCAGUCCGAGAACAGUAGAUCCAUGCUUGUCUCAUCUGUCACAUCACGUCCGAGACCGCCCGAAUUUCAGGGUCCGACAAGUUCAUCUUUUCUCUUUCGAAUGGCGACGGAUUCCCUGGCCAUCGCUGGAAUCCAUCCCCCAACGCAUGCCGGACUCGAAGUGGACAGUCACUCAGCUUCGACUAAAUUCGGAUGCCAGGACACGAUUUCUGCAAAUCGUGGAGUCGAAAACCCCCUGCGCACCAUCUCUCGAAAUGAAGCCCUGCGUCUGCUAGAUUACUACCAUGACGAGUAUGGGGAAAUCUAUCCGUUCAUCGACAAAACAGUUCUGGAUCACGCGGCUCAUUACUUCUAUGACUGUUCCGACAUGGCUUCUCCUUCGUCAACCAGAACAUACCCCAAGGACGAAAACACCCUUUCCGAUGGCAUCUGGGACAUACUGAAGCUAGCUAUAGCCAUUUCUGCUGCCAUAGAGAAUCAUGGGCCCAAUUCCUUGAGCACGAGGCUUCUCGAGAGCGUCGAAUCCGGCUUCCCCACUCGCUUCCUGGGCAAAAUGGUUGAGCUUCUGGAGAUACAAGCCUGGACUGCCAUAAGCAUCCUACAGUUCCAUUUGGAUGAUCCGGUCCUCGCUUGGAGAACCAUCGGUCUUGCUGGCAGGGCCGUGAUUGACUUGGGCCUACACCGACGUGAGACUUACUCGAUGCGCUUCUCUGACAACAAGCAACGCCUACGAGCCAGUCAGCUCUUCUGGUCUAUAUAUGCACUUGAUAGACGUUGGAGCUUUAGCACUGGUCGCUCGUUCGCCAUCCCCGAGUGCGAUAUUGAUCUCGACCUUCCCAAACCGAGUAGCUCGGAAUCAUACCUUCUGUCGACCAUGGUCGCGUAUGCGCAAUUGGAAUCGAGAGUAUGGAAGUUGGCUUCCAAACCCACAGCCAAAUGCACACCAGAGAAACUAUCCUUCCUCUACUUCCGCGUGCAACAAUGGUAUCGGAAUAUCAAGCCCCAAUAUCAGCUGCGCCCGGCAAAGGAGCACAUCUUACCUGGAACCAAUCGAAGUGAAAACAAGAUCCGUCUACUUUUGUACUUCAGCGUCAAUCAAUUACAGCUCUUCAUCUUCCGCCAGGAACUCUUGAUCGCGCGCAUGACGGACGAAGACUUGCCAAAUGCUAGGCUCGCUGUGGAAGCGGCAAAGGACAAUAUUCGACUGUUACGAAGAGUGAGCCAAAUCGCAGACUUUUAUUCCGCACAGCAAGCUCCUUUCAACCACUUCCUUAUUUCUGCGCUUGCGGUCCUUUUUCUCGCCGUGUGCCACGCUCCAAAUCAAUUCAGCAACACCUGUCGUGAAGAAUUCGUAAUGGCACUUGAGCUCAUUCAGGAAUUCUCUUCCGAGUCUCAUAUCGGGAAAAGGCUCUGGAAACGGGUCCAACACCUCAAGCAAAUUGGCCUGAGUCUAGGUCUGCUGGGCAACUGCGCCCACACAGGUGGGUUGGGGAAUGAGGAUGGCACUCUGAAUAGCACAGAUUCCAAUCCCGCACCUUUGCGUUUCUCGUCGAUGGAGAAUGGUCAGCAACCAGAAACACAACAUCCGCCUGUCUGCUCUCAGAUAGUGACGCCUUUUACGGACGAGACGAUUGAUCCGUACCAGCUCACCAGUGACUUGACGACCAUGUUCGAUACAAUCCAACCAUCUCACAGAUGGCCUGCAGCGGGAGAUGGUGGGCUGAUUCAGGUGGACAGAUACCAUCUUGCCAUGAACUGCGAUCUGUCAAGAGACUUUUUGGAUUCAUUUUAA